AUAGUGCAUUGUUCUCAGUGUUUGACAGGCCAUCAAAAUGGCAUUUUAGUGUUUUAUAAACUCCCUUUUUCAUAAAUGGCUCUUGUCUGUUCAGUUUCUUACCAGGCUGCGUGUCUUGCAGCCCUAGGAAGGAGGAGAUAGAGCUUAAGAAUAAACUGCUUUCAGUAGCUGUCCUGUGCUACAUAAGUCCUGGCAAAACAUGUGAAUAGGAUGUUGUAGACCUCUUCACUGACUAGCUGAGUGUCCUUAGGUAAUGCCUUGUUGUUGCUGACUUAACCACUUCCCAGCUGAAUCUCAACCCAGGUACAAUAUUUGCUCUUGCAGAGGGAUUAAUUAUUGAAAUCCUGGAUGGACGCAACUAGAGACGAGCUUUCCAAUCCCCUACAAAUUGUCUUCCUUGCUUGUGAAGAGGGCAGUAAUUCCCUCUGGUAGGUGCAAAGAAGCAUAGGACACAGCUGCCUUGGAAAAUUCAUCUUUCUUCAAUAAUUUAGAAAUUCCCAUCACUGUCAGUGGAAGCUCCUGUGCCACUUUGAGCACAGCAAGGCAUCUGGCACAGGAUAUUUUGGGACAGAAAAGCUUCAUUCACCCACAGUCACAUCCCUGUCUUUGACCAUGAGCCGCCCUGAGUCUCAAAAGACUGGGACUGGUGGGAAGAAUGCUGAUUCUCCUCCAAAACAAGUUAUCUUCAGAAAAAGCACCCGUGACAAAGCUCUGACCAUCUACCUGGGAAAGCGGGACUACAUUGACAACAUAGGCAAUGUAGAACCCGUAGAUGGUGUUGUAUUGGUGGAUCCUGCAAUUGUCAAGGGGAAAAAAGUGUUUGUGUCGCUGACGUGCGUGUUCCGCUACGGCCAGGAGGACAUCGACGUGAUCGGCCUCGCCUUCCGCCGGGACCUGUUCUUCUCCAGGGUCCAGGUGUACCCACCUGCUGACAAGCCAGAGUCUCUCACCCUCUUGCAGGAAUCUCUGCUAAAGAAGCUGGGGAAAAAUGCUUAUCCCUUUUUCUUUACAUUUCCAGAUUACCUGCCUUGCUCAGUCUGUCUGCAGCCUGCACCUCGUGAUGUUGAUAAGACUUGUGGGGUGGACUUUGAGGUGAAAGCUUUCUCAACAGAAAAUGUGGAAGAGAGAAUUCAUAGGAGGAACUCUGCACGUCUGCUGAUCCGUAAGGUGCAGUAUGCUCCGGAGAACCCAGGACCCCAGCCUUGUGCAGAGACCACCUGGCAGUUCUUCAUGUCCAACAAGCCCCUGCACAUGAAAGCCUGCCUCAGUAAAGAGGUAUACUACCAUGGUGAGCCCAUUCCAGUCACUGUCACCAUCAACAACAACACAGACAAAACUGUGAAGAAGAUCAAAGUCCAGGUGGAGCAGGUGGCCAAUGUGGUGCUGUACUCCAGUGACUUCUACACCAAAGUGGUGGCUGCUGAGGAAGCACAUGAAAAGGUGCAGCCAAACAGUAGCCUGACCAAGACACUGACAGUUCUGCCCUUGCUUGCAAAUAACCGGGAGACACGGGAAAUAGCUCUGGAUGGAAAACUGAAGGAUGAGGACACCAACUUGGCUUCUAGUACCAUCAUUAAGGAUGGAAUAGACAAGACAGUGAUGGGGAUUCUGGUUUCCUACAAGAUCAAAGUGAAGCUCACUGUUCCAGGCAUACUGGGAGACCUCACUUCCAGUGAAGUGGGCACAGAGCUGCCAUUCCGUCUCAUGCACCCCAAACCCGAGGAAAAGAACCCAGCAGGGAAGGAUGGCGAAGCAGAGCUUGUAUUUGAGGAGUUUGCUCGUCAGAAGCUAAAAAAUACACCUGAUGAAGAGGACAAGAAUUCACCCUCAACUGAUGAGUGAUUAAAAGAACAGGCUGACAAAGGAGCUAUGUUGUCUGGCUUCAAUUACAAAUGUAGGACCUAAGUUUCUAGUAAUCUGCACAUUCUCAGUUCAUACAUGGUCUUCCAGGGAUCAGCCCUGAGGUCAGUAGACAUGACAUCAGGAGUCUGUAUUGCUUAUUACAAGAUUCACCUUGAAUUGGGCAAACACAACACUUGGUUCUUACUCAAGCUACCAGAGGAUGACAGGACAUCUGCCAUAUCAUGACUUCUGCUUUCAGGGCUGCCUAAUAAAAAGGUUGGUUGCUUUCAGCACUGGUGAGAGCUUAAAUGAGGGUUUAUGCAGCCUGCCUGGACUUACUCAGUGUCAGAGGCUGUGACUUUGAAGUGCCAGUGAACGAAAUCCUAGCCUGGAAGGCUGGCUUGCAGCCAUGGGUGAUUCAUCAAAGUUUCUCAGCAGACCGUGCAAAACUCAUUUUAUUUCCUUUUGGUUGCUUUUGCAUUGAUGCUUUACCAAAUUCAGCCAGUGAAUUUUUUCUGUGCUUGCACUGUCCCCAUGUGGCUUUUACAUUAACUUUCUGUACCAUUAAAUGUCUCACAAGUUGUCUCCCACAGCACAGGCAAUGCUGAUAAGCAGUAUUAGCUUUCUAGCAAUAUGCUUAAUAACCAUGUUAUUAAAGAUGAGAUAAAUGUGCACUGUCAAUGAAUUGCUUAAAGCUCCCUAUAUAGAAUGCCAAACAGAAGUACAAGUCCAGACAGAGUCUGUAUUUAAUCUAGUUUCCUGUAGGCAACUGCUUCAAAAGAAGGUGCAGGAAAAUUAAGGAGGAAAUUAUGGCGCAGCCUUCCCUGAGGAGCCUUUCCCAACAUCCAUCUGCCAGCAGUUGGUUUAUGCUCUAAGAAAUGAGAUUGCAUUCUGCAAACUUUGUUUUUUCUUGUUCAUCUGGAUAUUCUCAUUAUCCAUGUAAAUGUCAGAUAUUUUCCUGAAUCUCAUGUAGGUUUUUGUUGAAGUGAGUUGCAUCAGCUAAUUACAUUUUGCAUGUAAAACA